AUGGUCUCGAGCGUGAUCUACGACACGGUCGUGGCCGCCAUCCCGGCCCACAUCAAGGCGCAGACCCCCGUCCAUCUCUUGGCAUGGAUCCCGGGCAAGUCGCCACUCUCGACGGUGCCUUCCAUCGUUGCCGCCGUCAUCACUUAUCUCGCCGUCAUCUUCGGUGGUCGCGAACUCAUGAAGAACCGCGCUCCUUUGACCACCAGCAUCAAACUGCCUUUCCUGGUGCACAACCUCGCGCUCACCUUCGGAUCGGGUCUCCUGCUCGCGCUCAUGCUCGAAGAGGUCGUUCCCAUCGUUCGUCGCAACGGCCUCUUCUACGGUAUCUGCGGUGAGGGCGCCUGGACCAUGAAGCUCGAGACCUACUACAUGAUCAACUACUACUUCAAGUACUGGGAGCUCGUCGACACGGUCUUCCUCGUCCUCAAAAAGAAGCCUCUCCAGUUCCUCCACGUUUACCACCACUCGGCUACCGCCGUGCUCUGCUUUUCGCAGCUCCACGGAAAGACGUCGGUCUCGUGGGUCGUCAUUUGCCUCAACCUCGCCGUACACGUCUUGAUGUACUUCUACUACGCCCUCACAUCGCUCAAGAUCCCGUGCCCAUGGAAGAAGUCGGUCACCACAGCGCAGAUCACCCAGUUUGUCAUCGACCUGGUGGUUGUAUACUAUGCAGCUUACUCCUAUUUCGCAUCGACCUAUGCUCCUCAUCUUCCUCACCACGGCACUUGCGCGGGCAAGGAGCACGCCGCUGUCUCAGGAAUCGUGUGCCUUACUAGCUACCUGUUCCUCUUCAUCGCCUUCUACCAGAGGACUUAUGCCAAGGACAAGGCUCGUAGGGCGGCUGCGGCUAAGCAGAACGGCCAGGCGAACGGUAAGGCCAACAAAAAGGUCAACGGCAAGGCACGCUAA